AUGGCUUUGGAUGAACUUUGAGUAUUUUAUGUUGACAUUGAUAUAAUAUCCUCAUUAUGGCUUUGUACCAUUAAGUUCUACGUCAGAAGUUGUUAUUUUUAUGUAAUAAUCAAAGUCCUGGAAAUUGGUGAACAUUAUGCUCAAAGAGUCAUACAUAUAGGCCAAGCAAAUAAAAGCGUGUUAAAAGAGAAUUGAAUUAGUAAGACUAAGAAUAACCAUUGACUAACGUAUUCUAUCUGAAGAAUAGCCAACCAUGUUAGUGUAUUUUGACGUGCAAAGGACUAUACGAGAUGAAAUGGGAUACGAAAAUUAUUGGUACUAAUGAGACAAAAUGUUUAGACAAUUUUUGAGACAAUUGUGGAACUGAAACAUGCAGGCUCAUCAAAGAGGGUCGUUUCUAAAUACGAUUAUGCAAAACACCGAAUCUAAAUAUCAUCCAACAAAAAUAACAAAUAUGUAAAUAAUUUCAGAACAAUAUCCACAGUAGGCCAAAAAUAUUGCACAAUACUGAAAAUUUACAUAAUACGUGAUACAAUAAUAUAAAAGUAGUAAGUCAUUUGUAUAGACAGAAAUGUAGAUGUCCGAGGGAUGUCUUUUAAGUUUUGUAUAUAGAAACAUAGUAGGCCGCGCGGAUAGAACGUCAGUACUGAAUCUUAACCUCACCACUCUUCAGUAAACUUAAAUUCAAAGUUUCAUAACAGUACGUGCAGUGUUCUCACUACAGUGAAUUUUUAAGUGUCAACAAGUCAUUAGAAAAAUGGAACUCAACCGAGAACAUUUUCGCGCCAUAAUUUAUUACAACUUUCAGAGACAAUUAUCGCAACAAGAAUGCCUUGCUGAGUUGCUGUCUGUUUUCGGCAACGAAGCGUCACAUCAGUCGACAAUUUUCCGUUGGUAUGGACGGGUGAGUCUUAGCGACAAUCCCACGGAAAACGUCGAUGCUGUGCGCAAACUCAUAAUUGAAGAUAGACAUGUGACAUAUCGCGAAAUUGAGACGUCCUUGAAGAUCUCAAAGACCUCAAUUCAAAAAAUUUCACAUGAAGAACUAGGAGUAAGAAAAUUAGUUUCUCGUUGGAUACGCCACCUGCUGACUGAAGAGCAGAAAGCAGCCAGGGUUAAUUGGUGUUAAAAAACGCUUGACAGUUUUAAUUCCGGAAACUCAAAAAAUGUGUACAGCAUUGUUAGUGGUGAUGAAUCGUGGAUUUACUGUUAUGAACCAGAAAAUAAACGACAGUUGGCUGUUUGGGUGUUACAAGGUGAAGAAAAAAGCCAACAAAAGUCAUCCGUUCUCGAAGUGUUUCGAAAAUGAUGGUCGAGACAUUUGUGUCAAAAGCGGGUCAUAUUGCAACAAUUCCUCUUAAUGCGCAAAGAACUGUUACUACGGAUUGGUAUACCACCACUUGCUUGCCAAAAGUCAUCACCGAGCUUCGAAAAAUCAACCCCGAAAGAAGAAUCAUCCUCCACCAAGACAAUGUAAGCUCUCACACAGCCCAAAUAACAAGGCAGUAUUUAACGGAAGAAAACAUUUCUUUACCUUCCCGAAAAUUAAAAACAGACUGCUAA